GACAUCCCAUUGUGGUAUCACUGGAUGGUGGAGGAAAACAUCGCUGGGUGGUGGAUCAUGAUGUCACAUGGGAGUGCUUUGUGACCUUGCACUCCUUUCUGUUUAUAUUCAGGUUCUAGAUGUCUCUUUGCGGCAUCCACCAUUGAGUGGUGGAUUGUGACAUCACUGGGGGAUGGAUAUGAGGUCUCAUUCUUCACUACUUGAAUUUUGGUGCCAGCCAAGCUUGGGUUCGACUGGAUUGAUCCUUGACUCCUGCCAAGCACGCCUGGUCCUCAUCUCUCCCCUCCUGCUGCAACAGGCAGACAUGGCCACAGAGACAAAGUGGAACUGCCCCAUCUGCCGGGACACUCAGAAUGAUGUGGCUUCUGCUCUGCCCUGUCACCACCAGUUCUGCCUGGGCUGUAUCCUGCGGUGGGCAAAAAGAAAUCCAGCGUGCCCACUCUGCAGCAGUCCACUAGAGACUGUCAGGUUUUCUGAGCGGGGUGGACAAGACUACAUACAAUUUGCCAUCAGCUCCCCUGAAGAGUCACCAGAGACCAACAGACAGGCAGGGAGAGCUCCUGGAGAGUGGCUGGAGACCCACAGACAGGGAACACUGUCCUCAGCUGAGCAGGAGGCUGCAGAGCCAGAGCCUGUUGGUGGCAUUCUGCCCCAGGUAUGGGCAGGACUGUUCCAACAACAACAGCACCUCUUGGAUCCUGUGCAGCCCUGGCUGUGCCAGAGGCUGGUUGAAAUCUAUGGGGACCAGUGGUGGAGGGCAGAGGCUGCAGAGGCCUCCAUCUUGCACAGCCUUUGUGCCCAUGGUCCAAAUGCAGAGGCCUUGGUGGAGGUGCUGCAGCCCCUCCUCAGCAGGCACACAGCAUUGCUGGUGCAUGGCAUCAUCAGCGCCAUUGUGGGCCAGUGCAGCGAAGAGGCCCAGAGGCUGCUGCGCUUCCAUCACACCAGAGAGGACAACAAGCCUGUGGCCAGCACCAGCUCCAGCAGCUGCAGCUGCACUAGGUUGCACAAGAGGACUCCUGCCACUGACCCCACAAGCUUCAACAUGGAGGAGGAAGCUGGAACAUCACAGGCCAGCCUCCAAGGGAGUCACAUUUGUGCCCAACCUGUGUCUGGCCCUGCAGGGUGGGACCAACCCCAGGAGGAGUCAGGGCAGCCAACAGUGGCAGGUCCAUCUGCUCAGGGAAGCAUCUGCAGCCCCUCUGCUCCUGGCCAGGGCAGGAACCACUCUCUUAGGGAUUCCCAGCAUGCCCAAAAGAGGAGAGCCCCCAGAUCCCAGGAUUCUCUUUAGCCCAGCAAGAAGCCACCCUGACGGUGGCACUAGCGAGAUUCCAGGAACCCUUUAACUAAGAAAAAGUAAAUAAAUUCUAUUUUGCUGACAAA